AUGGCGACGCUUCGUACCAUCUACGACCAAGAGCAAUUCACACCUAUAGACAAGGCCAUCACCGUUUAUUUCCCUGGGCCAAACUCUUAUACAGGCGAGGACGUCGUCGAAAUCCACACUCAUGGGAGCAGGGCCAUAGUGUCGCAACUCUUUGCAGCCUUGAGGCACAUUCCUCGCGCCCAUGGCAUAGGACUUCGACAAGCCGAAAGAGGGGAGUUUACAAGAAGAGCGUUCUACAAUGGAAAGAUGGAUCUUACACAGGCCGAAGCAAUCCGGGACAUCAUAGCAUCCGAAACAGCGCUAGAGAUGCAAAAUGCAGCACUAAAACUACACGGAGGACUAACACAGCUGUACGGCAUGUGGGCCGACAGACUAAGGCAUUUGCUUGCCACCGUAGAAGCCAGAAUAGAGUUCGACGAACAGGCGUUGGCAGACUUACAAACGACGCAGCCAGAACAAACAAUACUGCUGCAAGGCCUCGCUCAGGUAGAGGAAGAAAUCAGGAGGCAACUUGAAGACACCAAAGGGGAAAUCCUGACAAAUGGCGCUAAUGUUAGCAUAUUGGGGCCUCCAAAUGCGGGCAAGAGCUCCCUGAUGAAUGCCAUUUGCGAUAGACAUGUGGCAAUUGUCUCGGACUUGCCGGGUACCACACGAGAUCUCAUACAAGUCAAAUAUGACCUGAAUGGCAUGAAAGUGACCUUCGUAGAUACUGCCGGAAUAAGGGAAAUGGGUCCAAACGUAGAGGCAAAAUCGCAUAAUGAAGUUGAAAUGCAGGGAAUUGAAAAGGCUCUACAAUACCUGAACGACACGAGAUUGGCAAUAUUCCUAUUUGACCACACCAACGUGGAACUAUCGAAGCACGCUCUCGAUGUUACUUUGCAAAAUCUAUCGCACGACACUCACCUUAUCAUCUGCUUAUCGAAGAGUGACCUCAUUGACACGGCGCAAAGCACGCAAUUCAUGAGGACAAUAGAAAGUAAAUAUGGCUACAGAGCGCAAAUCACCUCUAUCUCCAACAAGGAACCGCACACUGUAGAGGCUCUGCUGCAACUCGUGCAUCAGCAAUUGGCGACGGAACUUUCGCAUGUACAGAAGCAACCAUUCAUAACCGAGGCACGGCACAGGUCACACCUAAGGAACGUACUGAAACAAAUCAAAAUCGCGCUGGAAAGCCUGGCUAACGCGCGGCCAGACCUCGAAAUUGUGGCAGAGAAUAUAAGAGAGGCCACCUCCCAAAUCUCAUACAUCAUAGGAGAACAGACGAACGAGCAGGUAUUGGACGCCAUAUUUAGAACCUUCUGUAUAGGAAAGUGA